ACUAAUUAGAAAAAAAAAAUUCCGGUUUGCUCUAAUUAAACCAAAAUUUCGACCAUGCCUUCAAGCAGUUAUUAAAACCUAGAUUUAGCCGUAAAACUUCUUCUUCUCCAAGUCACGAUCAUUUUUUGGACAAGUGACUAUUUCACGUUAAUCUCAAGAGAAACUGAUGGAGGGGGUUAUAGCGGUUUGUGGGCAGUGGUUAUUCGAGAAGGAUAAGUGGAUGUUUCACGUUGAUAACAGAAGAGGAAGCAAAGUAAUUCCAGUCAGUGACAAGACAAACUUUGAAGAUAUGAUUAACAUGGUUUAUGAGGACUACGAAUUAGAUAAGAGACAUGUUAAUAUCGAAUUGAGUUACAUGGUUGGCAGGAAGAGCUUGAUGAAGCUAACUCGUGACACACCCCCAGUUAAAAUUGGGAAUUUUCGACAGUUGCAAGGUUUCUUUCGUCUCCUACAAUCUGACAAAGUUCGUCUAUGCAUAGAGGUCACUUUUAAAGACAACAUGAAGACGAUGAAACAUAUUAACCAGUCUGAUUGUAAUCAUGAUGAAGACUCAGACACUGACGGAGAACGGUUUGACUAUUGCGAUGAUUCAGAUGGUGCGACAUCAGAUGAUGAAGACUUUAUAGCCUACGGAUUAAUUCCAGGAGUAGAUACAGAUAUGAGGAAAGUGUGUACGCCAAAGAUGGGGGUAACAAGCAAAUCGAAAAAGGCUAAGGCAGUGACUCCACAUGUUAGGCAGCAACAACUGAAUUCACUAAAUAUUUCUGUUGGCCAAAGUUUUGAGUCCAAGUCUGCUUUACAAACACGACUUAAGAUGUUGACGAUAGUGCAACAGUUUGAUUACGAUGUCGAGUACUCAACACCGAAUCUGUUAGUCGUAAAAUGUUGGGUUGAAGGCUGUAGUUGGAGGCUACGAGCUUCACCGACAAGUGAUACUCCUCGCUUUACUGUACGUGUCUAUGUUUCAGAUCAUACUUGUUCAGUUACAGAGAGAUCAGCUCGUUGCAGACAAGCAACACCAGAUAUUCUCGGAUCUUUAUACACUGAUUUCAUUGGUGGAGUGGAGCCAACCAUUUUGCCAAGUCAUGUGAAGCAGUCCCUUAACAUGUGCUUUGGAAUAAAGAUGGACUACUGGAAAGCUCAUCGGACACUGAUAUGUGCAAGAGAAUUGGUUAGGGGAUCCGCUGAGAGUGGCUACCAGGAAUUACCGGUCUAUUUGCAUAUGAUUAGAGAAGCAAAUCCAGGGACAUUCACUCGCCUUGUAGUAGAUUCUAGUGACAGAUUUAAGUAUAUUUUCAUCGCAUUUGGUGCUAGCAUCAAGAGAUUUCCAUUCAUGAGGAAGGUUGUUGUGGUCGAUGGCACAUUCUUGCAAGGAAAGUACAAAGGGACUCUACUAAUUGCAUCAGCACAGGAUGGCAACUUCCAAAUAUUUCCAGUAGCAUUUGCGAUAGUCGAUACUGAAAAUGAUGAAUCAUGGAAGUGGUUUUUCAGACAACUCAGCUGUGUGAUUCCAGAUGACGAAAGACUUGCUAUUAUUUCUGAUAGGCACAAAUCAAUUGGAAAAGAAAUAGCCCAUGUAUAUCCAACUGCCAGCCGGGGAGUUUGCACUUAUCACUUGUAUAAGAAUGUCUUGUUAAAGUUUAGAGGUCGCGAGUUGUUUGGCUUGGUUAAAAAGGCAGCUAAUUCAUACAGACCUUCAGAUUUUGAGACCAUAUUCGAUGAGAUCAAAGCAGUGCACCCGGCAUUACAUGGUUAUUUACAGAAAGCAGAUGUACGCAAGUGGGCGAGAGCUCAUUUCCCUGGUGAUAGGUACAACUUGACUACGACCAACAUAGCUGAAUCUAUCAACAGAGUGCUUUCAGAUGCAAGGAGUUUGCCGGUUGUAAGACUUAUAGAAGCAAUAAGGCAAAUGAUGACGCGCUGGUUUUCGUCACGAAAGAUUGAUGCAAAUUCAAUGAAAACAACUGUAACUCGUGGAGUAGAGAAGCUUUUAGAGGGUCGUGUACCUUAUGCUAAGAUGCUGUGCGUGCAACAGAUAGAUAUUCACCAAUAUCAGGUCUCAAGUGUCUCAUCUACCCACAUAGUGAAUUUGACUGAGAGAAGUUGUUCAUGUCGCAGAUUUGACUUAGAAAAACUACCUUGUGUGCACGCAAUUGCAGCAGCUGAAGCGACAAAGUUAUCAACCAUUUCAUUGUGUCAUUCAUACUAUCGUACAAAGUAUCUGUACAACGCUUACUCCGUGGCAGUAAUGCCGAGAGAUGCUGAUACAUCAGUCCCUGAUAAUGUCGCAGGAAAAAUUUGUUUGCCUCCUGAGGUUCGCCAACCACCAGGGAGACCCAAAAAUUCAAGAAUGAAGUCUUGGUUUGAGAAAGGUGAAAAUAAGAAACGACCAAGAAAAUAACACAAAUGUUCGAUUUGUAAUCAAGUUGGUCACAAUUGCAAAACAUGUCCUGUUGGUUAGACAAUGCGUCAUUUGUUUCUUGUUAGACAA